GGGCUCCCCUAAAAUAGUUGAGGUUUAUAAUGCCGCGCGUGAUGCGUGAGGUAUAUGUAUAAUGACAACUUCCUAUGUAUCUACAGAAACCUGUAUUCUUUAUUUUUGAAUCAAUAGAAGAGACUGGAAUUUUUGAAAUUGGCUUCAAACACUAUAAAAUCCAUUCUAAACUCAAAGGAACUAGUGUUUGGUGUUAAAAAAGAAAAAACUGAAAAUUCUAAAUAAUUCUAGAAAUUGCUAGAAAAUACCAAAAAAAGGUAAUAAAUAAGUACUGAUAAUUCUAAGAAAUUCCAAAAACCAUUUCCUUAUCUAUUACCGUUUACGAGAUCUCCAUGAUACCGUUCCAAAGGUAUUUUCUCGCACAAAAAAAGAAUACAAUUUUUCAGCUACCUACAUAUAAAGGAUUCUAAGCUAUAUUUAGCAAAAUUAUUAUUCGUAAAAAUCGACAGAAAAAUCAACAAUUUCAUUAAAUUUUAUAAUUUUCAGCUAUCUCACCCCACCAUAUUCGAGAUUGGAUAUGUUUUCGUAUACCAGAAAAGUCGAGAAUUGCAGUAAUGAUAGCAUUCAGGCAUGUUUUUGUGGCAAUUGGUUAUGAUAAUGACUGUCAAACUUCAUAAAUUUUACAUAUCUGACAUCCGUACGAGGAUAUUUUGCACAGAUUUAUUUCCUGAUUUGCCAUAUAUAGAAACGUUUAAUUUACAUAACAAUUUGUAAAAAUAUAAUAAGUCAAGAAAUGAAUUCAAUUGAUAGUCCAACUGCCAGCAACAAUGAAAUACCUAAAUCUCUAGAAGAACAAGAUGAACCCAAAGCAGCGACAAUCGUGCAGUUUAGACGAGCCAACUGUCCCACACCAGGAUGCGAUGGAAACGGACAUGUCACUAAUGCUUUUCUGACGCAUCGGUCUCUUAGGGGUUGUCCCAUUGCUGGGCAAAAAAGGAACCGAAACUGCGCAGAAAAUAAGCCACAUACUGGUGAAGAGAAAAAUCGUCUUAUUACAAUUCUUGAAGCUGCAAUUGCCGAAUUUCAAAGCGAAAACGCCCUCAUCGAAUCAGAAACAUUGAAAUUGAAAUCUGAUAUUGACAAUAUGGAAAGCCGAUUGACACAAGUGGGAGAAGAUAAGGAACAACUGAAGCAGGAAAUCAUCGAAAAAGAAAUGAUCUACGAAAGUUUGAAAAACGAUUUCAUCGAGACCCUGAAACAAGUGCAUUUUCCAUCAGAGAAAAUCAGUCAGGAGAAUUUUGGCACCUGUUUGAGCUCAAUACAAGAAUUGUGCACCCCAAGUGAUAAUGGAACUGAUGAAAACCGACAGCUCCUUGAGACUAUCAAGUGCGUCAUGCAAGAUUUGUUAUCAUUUAAAUUUAUAAAUUAGUUAAUAGAAUAUUUUGAAUGCUUUUGGUUGCAAAAAUAGUCUUAAAACAAACUUGUUAAAAAAUCGUCAAUAUAAUAUAUUUUAUCAAUAAUUAAUUUUGAUAUAAAUACCUACAUUUGCCAAAAUCAGUCUGCAGGCCUUAAUACAAUUGUGUAUUUAUUAUAUAAAAAUAUUAUUAGCAUCUACCCGCAGGUACAAUUUUAUAAACAUUUCAAGUUAAUUUUUCAUAAUUAAUUAAUACUUGUCAAAAAUAAUACUAAUAACAAUGAUUUUUAAAUAGGCAGGUAUUGAAAAUAAACUUGAGAUCUGCAAUAAUAAGUACAAAUUAGUAAAAGUGCAAAGUAUAUAGAAAAAAUUAUACUAGUUUAGACACUUUUUUCUAGGUGGUGUAACCAGUUAUAAAAAAAAAUAUUAAUCCAUUAAAUACAUACUAUAAACGGAAUGGUCCUUGAAUACUUUAAGGCACCAGGGAAGAAUAAAACUAAAUAUUCUUAUUCUUAUUCCAAAUAAUUGAUAGCAAAAAUCAGACGCAAUCCUCCAACGACAUCAGAAGAGGAUUAACAUAUUCAAACCCUUCAAAUUCUGAUUGGUCGAUUUUCUCGAUGACUCGCGGAUCAUCUGGAGUCAGGUGCACUGGUUCGUCAGUAAAUUCCGGUGGGAAAUUGGCCAAAUCCCGAUCAGAGUCGAGGCGCGGUUUAUAGGGGGGCGGUACUUGUUUUUGCUCAAGAAGAUCCCAGUCGAUACUUUUGAA